CCGCCUUUCCUCCGUCCCCCUCCGUGCAGCCUCCUCGGCUCGUCGCUCCCGCCUGGAUCUCCCACCACCGCCGCCACCACCGCGCGCUACCGAGCACCAGCGGCGACCUGCGACCAGCAGGCCCAUGACGAUGAGGGGGCUCCUCCGGUGCGUGUCCACGGGGGCGUGCAGGGUGGCGCCGGGCGCCGUGGCGGAGCCGGUCCCGACUUCGCCGGGUUCUACCGGCGGGAAGGUCCCCGCGGGGCACGUACCCGUGGAGGUCGGCGCGGAGGGGGAGGAGACGCAGCGGUUCGUCGUCCCCGCCGAGCUGCUGGGCCGCCCGCCCAUCGCCGAGCUGCUCCGCCGCGCCGCGCAGGAGUACGGCUACGCGCGCCGGGGCCCGCUCCGCAUCCCCUGCCCCGUCGCCGCGUUCCGCCGCCUCCUCGGCGCGCUCGCCGGGACCGGCGCCGGGGCACCCGACGGGGCGCUCACGCUCGCCUACUUCACCGUGGUCGUCUGAGAUGAGACGAGAUCCCUAGCUAGCGUAGCGGGUUCCUUCUUCUUCCUUCCUUGAGGCGUGGCUGUGCAGAGGCGUGCGUGCGUGCGUUGUGCUGUCGGUGUUCUUGCUUGCUUCUCUAGAUUCCAUUUGUUUCUUCUUCUUCUUCGUUGCUUUUCUCGUCCCCUUUUUGGUGUAAUAAUAUUUAUGUAAAUAUGUAAAUUCAGAUCGAUGAGACGUUUAUUAUUCGAUAUAUAUACAGUGCUUGUAGCGUAA